AUGUCGAGGCGCAAGCAGGCGAAACCCCAACACAUCAACUCCGACGAGGACCAGGGCGCGCAGCAGCCGCCCGCGGAGCCUGCAGAGACGGCGCCGGCGGCGGGGGAGCCGGGGACUCCACUGAGCCACCCGGGCGGCGAUGACCCCAGCAUGGACGGGGCGGCGGCCAAGCGGCGCCGGCGGGAGGAGACCCUGGUGUGCGAGAAGUGCUGUGCCGAGUGCUUCAGCCCCGCCGAGUUCGCGGAGCACAAGAAGAGUUGCACUAAACACCCGCCCGUCCUCAUCAUGAGCGAGGGCCCGGGGCCGGCUGACGACUUCCCGGGGGCCCUGCUGAGCCCCCCCGCGCCCCCCAGCCCCGGCCGGCAGGACGGGGGCCCCCGGGAGGACGCGCUGGGGGGCGGCAGCGUCAUAGGCGUCGGGGACCCCCACGAGAAGCCCCUCGGCGCGGAGCCCGGCGGCUACUUGAAGGCGGAGGCGGGGGCCCUGCCCGCCCCCCCGCAGGACAUGAGCUACGUCCCCAAAGGCAAAGUGGCCAGCACCAACGUCACGCUCCAGGCGCUGCGGGGCACCAAGGUGGCCGUGAACCAGCGGAGCGCGGACGCGCCGGCCGCGCCCCUGCCCGGCGCCAGCAGCCUCCCGUGGGUGCUGGAGCAGAUCCUGUGCCUCCAGCAGCAGCAGCUGCAGCAGAUCCAGCUCACCGAGCAGAUCCGCGUGCAGGUGAACCUGUGGGCGUCCCACGCGCUGCACGCGGGCGCCGAGCCCCUCAAGACGCUGGGCGGCCCCGUGUCCCAGCAGGUGUCGGCCGCCGUGGCCUUGCUCAGCCAGAAAGCGGGCGGCCCGGCCGCGCUCGCCCUGGACGCCCUGAAGCCGGCCAAGCUACCUCACGCCGCCCCGUCCCCAGCCGCUGCCGCCGCCGCCGGCCGCGAGGUGUCCCCAGGGCUGGCGGCCCUGGCCCUGAAGCCCGACGGGCCCCGCGUGGUCCCCGGCGUCCUCUCGCGGCUCCCCGGCGCCCUGCUACCUCAGGCCCCCGGCUCGGUGCUCUUGCCGGGCUCUUUCUCCACCGUGGCGUUAGACCCGGCCAAGAAAGGGAAAGGGAAGCCCCCCAACAUCGCCCCGGUGGACGCCAAGCCCAAAGACGAGCCCGCCCUCUACAAACACAAGUGUAAGUACUGCAGCAAGGUUCUGGGGACCGAUAGCUCCCUGCAGAUCCACCUGCGCUCCCACACCGGCGAGAGACCCUUCGUGUGCUCGGUCUGUGGCCACCGGUUCACCACCAAGGGGAACCUCAAGGUGCACUUCCAUCGCCACCCCCAGGUGAAGGCCAACCCCCUGCUCUUCGCCGACCUCCACGAGCGCGUGGCAGCCGGUGGCGGCCCCCCCUAUGUCCCCGUAGACGAAGCGAGUCUCGGCUUAGACAGCAAGCCGGUCCUGGCCACGGGCCCCCCCCACCUAGGGCUACCUCAGAGUCUCCCCGCCAGCACGCACCCCAAGGACCCCCUGGGCGAGCCGCAGCCCGGCCCCCCGCCCGACAGCGAGGAGGGCGCCCGGCUCUCGGGCCUGGGGGCCUCCCCGCACGCCAGUGGCGGCGGCGGCAACAGCAGGACCCCCGAGCCGGGCUCCGAGACCCUCAAGUUGCAGCAGCUGGUGGAGAACAUCGACAAGGCCACGUCGGACCCCAACGAGUGCCUCGUGUGCCACCGCGUGCUGAGCUGCCAGAGCUCCCUGAAGAUGCAUUACCGCACGCACACGGGCGAGCGCCCCUACCCGUGCCGCGUGUGCGGCCGCGCCUUCUCCACCAAGGGCAACCUCAAGACGCACCUGGGCGUGCACCGCACCAGCGCGGCCGUGAAGACGCAACACUCCUGCCCCAUCUGCCAGAAGAAGUUCACCAACGCCGUCCUGCUGCAGCAGCACAUCCGCAUGCACAUGGGCGGCCAGAUCCCCAACACGCCGCUGCCCGACCCGCCGCCCGCGGAGCCCGAGGCCGCCACCGGCGGCCCCAACACCGCCUACGACGACGGCUUCCUCCUCGAUGGCCUGGACGGGGACGAGGGCGCCCCCCCGGAGACGCCCGGCGGCUCCUCCAAGGGCCCCCUGCCGCUGCCCAUCCUGGGGCUGCCAGUGCUGGCCCCCCUGGACCCCCCGGGAAAGGCGGGCCCUGGCACUCUGCGCCUGCAGCGGCAGAGCAGCCGGGAGAAUGGCUCGGUGGAGAGCGACGGCUCGUCCUCGUCCCUGGCGGGAGACCAGGAGUACCCGAGCCGGAGUCCAGACGCCCUGGACGCCGUGUCCUCCCAGGCCCUCUCCCCGGCCACUAGCCAAGCGGAAAGUGCCCGCUCCAGGUCUCCCGAGGCCGGCGGCAGAGCGGACGGCUCCGAGAGCGGCCGCCCCGACGUGGAAGGUCGGAGCGGCCUCCCCGCCACGCUCAUCCGGUCCUCGCAGCCCACCCACGUCAAGGUUGAGGUUCCUGGAGCCUUCGCCGGGCCCGGGACCAUGUCCCCCGGCCUGAUCCCCCUGCUGGGGGCCCAGCCCCGGCGCCAGGCCAAGCAGCACGGCUGCGGGCGAUGCGGGAAGAAUUUCUCCUCGGCCAGCGCCCUGCAGAUCCACGAGCGCACCCACACCGGAGAGAAGCCUUUCGUGUGCAACAUCUGCGGGCGGGCGUUCACCACCAAAGGCAACCUGAAGGUCCACUACAUGACCCACGGGGCCAGCAACAGCUCGGCCCGCCGCGGGCGGAAGCUGGCCAUCGAGAACACCAUGGCACUGCUGGGGGCCGACGGGAAGCGGGCCCCGGCCCCCGAGAUGUUCGCCAAGGAGGUGCUGGCCCCAGCCGUGAGCGUGGACCCCGCCGUGUGGAACCAGUACGCCACCAUGCUCCACGGCGGCCUGGCCAUGAAGACCAACGAGAUCUCGGUCAUCCAGGGCGGGGGCAUCCCCACGCUGCCUGUGUCGCUGGGCGCCAGCUCCCUGGUCAACAGCAGCCCCCUUGUCAAGCUCGAGGGCUCGCAGGCGGCCCUCGGUGCCGAGGUGGAGAAGCCCGGCGCGGCCGACAGCCCCCCCUCGCACCCGUUCCCCCACUUCGUGGAGGAGAACAAGAUCGCCGUCAGCUGA